AUGAGUGUUCCAGAUUACAUGCAGUGUGCUGAGGACCACCAAACUCUCCUUGUUGUGGUACAACCAGUAGGCAUUGUCUCGGAGGAAAAUUUCUUCAGGAUUUACAAAAGAAUUUCAUCUGUGAGCCAGAUAAAUGUUCGAGAUUCACAACGAGUAUUGUACAUACGCUACAGACAUCAUUAUCCCCCUGAGAACAAUGAAUGGGGAGAUUUCCAAACCCACCGAAAAGUCGUGGGCCUCAUCACAGUAACAGAUUGCUUCUCUGCGAAAGACUGGCCACAAACCUUUGAGAAGUUCCAUGUCCAGAAGGAAAUUUAUGGUUCCACACUCUAUGAUUCCCGGUUGUUUGUUUUUGGACUUCAGGGUGAAAUUGCAGAGCAACCUCGGACAGAUGUGGCAUUUUAUCCCAAUUAUGAUGAAUGUGACUCAGUAGAGAAGAGAAUUGAGGAUUUCAUUGAAUCCCUUUUUAUUGUGUUGGAAUCCAAGCGUCUAGAUAGAGCCACUGACAAGUCUGGAGAUAAGAUUCCUCUCUUGUGUGUACCUUUUGAAAAGAAGGACUUUGUAGGAUUGGACACAGAUAGCAGUAUGUUGUUGGGUCUGAAAAGACACUAUAAGAAGCGGUGUCAAGGGCGGAUGAGGAAACAUGUUGGUGACUUAUGCCUUCAGGCAGGGAUGCUACAGGAUUCCUUGGUUCAUUACCACAUGUCUGUGGAGCUUCUGCGGUCUGUGAAUGACUUUUUAUGGCUUGGAGCUGCCCUUGAAGGCUUGUGCUCUGCGUCUGUUAUCUAUCAUUAUCCUGGUGGUACAGGAGGCAAAGCUGGAGUUCGAAGGCUGCAAGGUAGCUCGCUUCCUGCUGAUUCAGGCAACCGGCACCGACCAGGGGCACAAGAAGUUCUCAUUGAUCCAGGUGCUCUUACUACCAAUGGUAUAAAUGCAGACACCAGUACCGAAAUAGGACGUGCCAAGAAUUGUCUUAGCCCUGAAGACAUCAUUGAUAAAUAUAAAGAAGCAAUUUCUUAUUAUAGCAAGUAUAAGAAUGCUGGUGUAAUUGAAUUGGAAGCUUGUGUCAAAGCAGUGAGAGUCCUUGCAAUUCAGAAGAGGAGCAUGGAAGCAUCAGAAUUUCUCCAGAAUGCUGUUUAUAUCAACCUUCGCCAGCUUUCAGAAGAAGAGAAAAUCCAGCGUUACAGUAUCCUUUCUGAGCUCUAUGAACUAAUUGGUUUCCAUCGCAAAUCUGCUUUCUUCAAACGAGUAGCUGCAAUGCAAUGUGUGGCCCCCAGUAUUGCUGAGCCUGGAUGGAGGGCUUGCUACAAACUCCUUUUAGAGACUCUUCCUGGCUAUAGUUUGUCAUUGGAUCCUAAGGAUUUCAACAAAGGAACUCACAGAGGAUGGGCAGCAGUGCAGAUGCGCUUGCUUCAUGAAUUAGUGUAUGCCUCCAGAAGAAUGGGGAAUCCUGCACUCUCAGUCAGACACUUGUCCUUCCUUUUACAGACCAUGCUGGAUUUUUUGUCUGAUCAGGAGAAGAAAGAUGUGACACAGAGCUUAGAAAGCUACACUUCAAAAUGCCCGGGUACAAUGGAACUUAUCUCUCUCCCAGAUGGACUAAACUUGCCUCCUGUCCCAUUUACGAAACUUCCCAUUGUAAGAAGAAUAAAAUUGCUAAAUGUUCCUGGUUCAAUGUGUCCCUAUUGUCUGAAGACCUUGAUGUCUAUCUAUGCUGAACUCAGCUAUUUCCAGUGGGUUCAGGGAGAUGUUUGCGAAGUCCAGCUGAUGGUGUAUAAUCCAAUGCCCUUUGAACUCCGUGUGGAAAAUAUGGGUCUCCUCACAAGUGGAGUGGAAUUUGAAUCUCUUCCUGCAGCUCUUUCUCUCCCUGCUGAAUCUGGACUUUAUCCAGUGACACUAGUUGGUGUCCCUCAGAGUACAGGACAGAUUACUAUUAAUGUUUUGAAAUCAAACAAAAAAUACUAUAAGCAACUCAAAAGAAAGAGUUCAAGCAUCCCAAAGUCUGCCCGGACACUGCAGCCUGCUUCUGGGGAUGAAAUUUCCACUAAUGUGUCUGUUCAGCUUUAUAAUGGAGAGACCCAGCAACUUGACAUCAAAUUGGAAAACAUUGGAAGUGAACCUUUGGAGACAUUAGAAGUCACAUCAAAAAUUCUCACCACCAAAGAAAAGCUGUAUGGUGACUUUUUAAGUUGGAAACUGGAAGAAACACUUGCUCAGUUUCCCUUACAACCAGGAAAGACAGCAACAUUCACUGUAAAUAUCAAAGUGAAAUUAGAUUUCUCCUGUCAAGAGAAUCUUCUUCAAGAUCUCAAUGAUGAUGGAAUCAGCGUUAGUGGUCUUCCUCUUUCCAGUCCUUUUAGACAGGUUGUCAAGCCUCGAGUUGACAGCAAACCAGUGAAUCCCCCAGAAGGCAGCAAGUCUGGUGAUUUCAGUCAUGUAAAAACACUAGAAGCCAUCCUGAAUUUUAAGUACUCAGGGGGCCCGGGCCACAUUGAUGGAUAUUACAGGAACCUCUCCUUGGGAAUUCAUGUGGAAGCUGAGCCAUCUGUGUUUUUCACCCGAGUCAGUACAUUGCCUGCAACAAGUACCCGCCAAUGCCACCUGCUUCUGGAUGUAUUCAACUCCACAGAGCAUGAACUAACUAUCAGUGCUAAGAGCAAUGAAGAACUUAUUCUACAUGCUGGGGAAUGUCAAAGAAUGGCGAUUCAAGUAGACAAGUUCAACUUUGAGAGUAUCUCAGAAUCUCCUGCAGAAAUGACCCAGUUUACAAACCCCAAACAACUUGAAGAAGAGAGGCAGGAAGCUCGGGGUUUGGAGAUCAACAGCAAGUUAGACAUCCACUGGAAUAUCCCAUCUUUAAAGCGACAUGGGGAAGCAAGUGUUGAAGGAAUCCUCAAUCAGCUGGUCCUGGAGCAUCUCCAGUUGGCUCCUUUGCAGUGGGAUGUGCUCGUAGAUGGACAGCUAUGUGACUGUGAUGUUGUGGCAGACUGCCAAGUUGGUGACCCCAUCCCACUUGAAAUACGGCUAACCAACUGGAGCAAGCGAAAUGUGGGGCCCUUUGCCCUCACAGUGAUCCCCUAUCAAGACUACCAGAAUGGAGUGCACAACUAUGAGCUUCAGGAUGCCAUCACCUUCGUGGGCUCCAACACCUUUUACAUUGACUCAGUUCAGCCGAUGGAGAACUCUGUGUGCCUGGGUGCCCUCCUCUUCCUCUACACUGGUGACUUCUACCUAAAUAUCAAGUUCCACGAAGACAGCACCAGUAAGGAGCUUCCGCUGUCCUGGUUCUGCCUGCCCAGCGUCCACAUCCGAGCCCAAGGGCCUGACCUCCAAGCUUGAAAGCCAAGAUCAUAUGGGCUUAGGUAGACUGGAAACUGCCUUGCCCACAAGUCAUUUGGAUCCCACAUUGACAUUCGAACCCCUAUUUCUUCCCAAGGCUAAGCACCCAACAUCUUGAGAGGGGCAGUUGGAGAAGUCCAUCAUGGA